AUGUCGAAGCAAUCUUUAUGUUUGGUCUUUAUGAUCAUGGGAAUCUUGAGCGUGUCAGCAGUGGAUCCAGCACCGGCGGCAGCAGCAGCAGGAGGAGGAGGAGGAGGAGAACAUGUUUUCGAGCUCUACAUGCAUGAUAUUCUUGGUGGCAGCAACCCCACAGCUAGACCAGUAACAGGUCUACUAGGUAACAUAUACAGUGGUCAAGUCCCCUUCGCUAGACGCAUAGGUUUCCGGGCACCACAAGGCGGAGUGGCGAUCCCUAACGCCAAUGGUGCCAUUCCUACCGUGAACGGCAACGGGAUCCCACUCGGAACUGGCUUGGUUGGCACCCAAUUCGCCGGAAACCUGAACCAAAACAAUGUUCAAAACCAGAUCGCUGCCCAAUUGGGACCAGAUGGGCUAGGGCUAGGGUUCGGGACCAUAACAGUGAUCGACGAUGUACUGACCAUCGACCCAAAAUUGGGAUCGCGGUCGUUAGGGAAAGCACAAGGAGUUUACGUUGCAAGCUCGGCGGAUGGAAGUAGACAGAUGAUGACAUUCACGGCGAUGAUGGAAGGAGGUGAGUAUGGAGAUAGUAUCAAUUUCUUUGGAGUUUACCAUAUCGGAAGUGCGAUGUCUCGGUUGUCGGUGACUGGUGGCACCGGGAAGUUCUUGCAUGCUUGUGGGUUUGCUGAGGUUCGAUCACUCAUACCAGCUGGUCAGAUUGUUGCAGACGGCGUGGAGUCGUUGAUGAGGUUGACUGUUCAUCUUUCUUACUGA